AUGAGGCAUGACCUCGUCUCGCAAAGGGUCGUCUUAGAAACAACGCAUGUGCACGGCGCAAUGGCGAUAACGAAGUUGACAGGCAACUUGAAAAUGGUCGGGUUGUUGUCGGGGUAUGAAAAUGGUGGUCAGGUGGUUCAGGGAAAUGUCGACGACACGGAGGAAACAUUGGACUGUCAGCCGACAGCAGACAGGGGUGGUCACAAAUGUAUCAAGGGUUCUGUUCUGUGGCUCGACGUUAGUGGGACGAUAUCAGACAGUACACGGGUGCUCCAAGAGUUCAAGUUGCCUUGCUCCUUCUGGAGCUGUACGCAGGGUCUGGAUAAGGAAAAGCAAUGGACCGGGAGCCCGAGCCGCGAGGACGGCCCCUAUCGAAUUACAUACGGUAGCCCGGCCGGGACCCGACGCGUGGGCGACCGCGUGGUCCGCGAUCCUGCCCCCCUCCUUACCACUCCCCAAGACCUUCCAAACCUGAAUCCAAAGAGCAAAUCCCACGGCCUACGUCUGUAUUGCCCGGGAUUGCAGAAUGUACAGUAUAUGAAGUACGAAGUAUGCCUCGUCCUAAACAACAUGUGUACCAUUCCUGUCGAGAGGUUGGACCCUUCGUGCGUCUUUGAGCAACCACGCGGCCCGGACACCGCCCAUCUGGAUUAUUUGAAUUUCCUGCGCCUGGAGACCAUCCAAAUAUCACCGCUCCACGGAGGAGAGCCAACCACGAGAGGAGGUUCCAGGGCGCUCCCACUUCUGUGUACCAAGCCCGACGCCGCUGUUGAGACGGGACUGUUCAGCAAGGAUUUUGCAUGGCUAUACAACGGGGUACAUACGGCAUUCCCGGACGCCAUGAAUAAUAGCCAGAGAAGGGGGCAGUGUAGCAGCAUUCACCUUCGAGCACAAAUCUCUCCAGACGAUCUUGGCUCUCUCAAAGCAAGCUACCAGCAUAGACACACUAUCCCCCGGUUGGAGUUGUUGAGGACUCGGUUGCUUCGAGUAGCGCAGUGGAAGUGGACAGCGGGUGCAAGUCUGCUUGCUCCGGCGUCACUCUCCCGCGCAAGUACCCUCCAUCCCUUCAUUCGUCCAUCGCCACCUCGCCAUCGCAGUCACAGUCACAGUGUUUCGUCUGCUGCCCUCCUCUGCGACGCCUCUCAUUACAGAAUAGACACGCCGUCACACACCAAGAGUUUUUUCAUCAACAAACCCUCUUUGGGGUCACCCAGUUACAGCUUGCACUUGACUGCACAACCACGAUCGCGCUGUCUCGUGUCUCGGCCUAUCACCAUCAGACCAGCACUGCCCUACCGCUCUUCUUACCAGGCUGACCACCCAGAUUUCCUGCAUUCAUCACUUUUUCGCCCUCGUCGUCUCCAUAUGAUACAGACGCCUGGGGGGCCUAAUGACAAUGGCGCCGAACCAAGCAACGAAGAGGCCAGAGAUCGCCGUUAUGACCUCGUACCCCCGCUUCAACUACCCAAGAAUCGGAGCACCGGAAACCUCACCAUAAGCCCUGCGACUGAACGGUUUGACCGCGCUCGAGCUAGACAAUCCAUAGACGCGAGCACACUCGCAGCGGCGGAAUACGAAUCCAUGGCAAGGUUGGAAGCGAAACGACAAUCUACCCCAGAGCAAGCCCUAGAAACAUGCAGUGGCGUGUAUUUGAGCACCGCACUGGUAUCCGGGAUUCCCGUUCUUGAUGUUGAGAGGGCCCCCAUCGUAACCGAGCAUGACCAUGGUCUUGGUCUCUCUGGCCUGCGCCGUAUUCGACAGCAGCCUCAUGUGCGAGCCCUCCCUUUGUCCUCCUCGAAACCACCGUCUAGGAGCCCCUCCGUUGGACUGUCCAGAUCGACGUCGAUGACUCUCAACCUUUCGCAACCCCCGUCCAUGCCGUUCUCCGCAGGGCCUUCUUCUCCCAACUUCUCUGAAGAUCUUUCUCGUUUCCCAUCCGAGUCGCUACACUCGUUCUCCUUCGCCCAUCAGUCGGAAGAAUUUAUCCACAACAGGCAAAAUGUCCUUAAACGGUCUAUAGAAUUCAUGAAGGACCGGCUGGGGAGAUCUGCUACCUCUUCCACCGCCGCACUGGCCAGUGCCGAGGCCCGCGUUACUGGCGAUGUAGAGACCCAGAAUAUGUUGGCCCUAUUAGCCCGAGCCCAGUUGGUCGGCGCUGGAAAUCUUCCCAACCCCGAUCCGCUCGUCACUGGUCCCUUGACUGGACCAGCCGAUGUCUCUGGUAAAAAUGUCUUCGAGGAGAAGUUCAAGCCCAUGCCAAGGAGCGAAAGCCCGGAGCCCAUCUCGUCGCCUGUGACAUCAUCUGCGGCCACCGACCAACGCUUUCAACAACCGCAGGCCCCUCCUCGUCAGGACCAAGCGCACGUACGGAAGCCCCAGGAUGCUGCGUCUAAGCUCGUUGCGGAGGAGCAAGAAUCGGAGAACUCCAGCAGGACUUCGACCAACGAAAGCGGGACUACUACGAAGACGUCACCGCCGCUCUCUCGUCGCGGGAGCCUAAAACGAACCUUGACGGACACGCUCCCUGUGGCGGUACACCAAAAGCUUAUAGACACUAUGGCCCUGCCGUUUGUUGCCGGCCAGCCGGGGUAUCAAGAGCAGAUUAUGUCACCCACUGCCUCUCAAGCGUUCGCCACUGGAAACUUUCCCAGCGCACUCGGUUCGGUUGUCCACGGCCAUUCGACCAGAUGGGCCCCCGCCGCUCAAGCCAUCUUCACGACCGAAGCCCACCCGCCUUGGACGAUCCUUGCUGCUAACGAUCUUGCGUGCCUUGUAUUCGGCGUCACGAAAGCUGAAGUUCGCAAAAUGGGCAUUCUAGAAGUGGUGCAAGAAGAGAGGAGAGCAUGGCUUGAACAGCGUUUGCUACACCUGGACCCGAUCUCCGCUGCCCGAAGCACCGAAGACUUGUCACCACCGGAAGGCGCAACUACCGUCUCCUCCGCCGUUUCCUCUACGCUUCUGGGGGCACGCAGUGGUGGUAUCACCGCCAAGCUGCUCAGCAAACCGAAUUCGAGAGCGAGCUCGUCGAAAGCACCUCCCCGCAAAGCUCAGACGGUGCACAGCGGAGAUCCAAAUCCGCCUAAAAUGAGCCCAGGUUCCAGACACCGGAACAGCCGCUCUAGAGGAGUUCUCCUCUGCGGUGACGUCGUCCCAAUUCAAAAGCGAAACGGUGCAACAGGAUCGGCCAGUCUCUGGGUGAAGGAAAAACGGAUCGGCUUGAUCUGGGUUCUGGAAGAGAUUCACGAGGAUGUCGUCAUAGUCUCCGUGGAUGAAGAUGGUCUCGUACGAAACGUUUUGGGGGAAACGAAGCCCAUCUGGGGACUUGAAUCGGUCCAACCGGGCUCGGACAUUGGGCAGCUCGUACCGCGGAUCCCUCGCCAAGGCAUUGACCCACGUACGGGAGAGGUCGACUUCGCCCAGGUGAACAACCGACGAUUUUUCACUUGCCCCAACUCACACCAGGUCAACAUCCCUUGUACGGUGGAGCAGGUCUGGGGCAAACCCGAGCUGCGGGUAUCCAGCUUCCCGCACAUUGCGGGCAUCAUCGUGGUCGACCCUGCAACGUUGAAGAUUAAGAGCUUCAACUCGGCUUUUUCCGGGUCAUUGUUCGGCUACGAGAAGCCGGAUGGGCUGUCAGUCAACUCGCUGCUGCCUGAUUUUGACCGCCUUCUCCGCCUAUUGACGGAAGAGGACGGAAUUCAGCUCGUCGACGGGAUUGUCGUGCCUGAACAUAGCUUCCGAAGGGCAUCUGCGUUCCUUGCACUACGACAAGGCAGGCCGGAUGCGGCAACUGCCUUCCUACGGACAGAUGGUCUUCGCGCGAAGCAUCGUGAUGGCUCUGAGCUCACUAUUGAUGUUCAAAUGCGGGUCGUACAGAGCGAAACACAACCCAGCGUCAUUUCGGAGAAGGAGGUUGAGACGAGCGACGAAGAAGAUGGCCGCGACGAGCCCGGGGCGCAAGCACGAACUCGCUCAGUGGCUCAUAGCGAAAUGCUGUACGCAUUAUGGAUUACGUAUUCACGCCAUUUGCACGCCUCGAGAUCUCAGCUGAAUACUGCAUCGCCGGCACGGUCGGGGACGUCUACACCUUUGCGUCAGCCAUCCCCGGGCCAAACCGCGGCUCAUACGCCCAUGGACAUGAACUCGGACUCGGAAGAUACCCGGAAAGAGCAGCCGGCGACGGGGGCUGCUGCAGCCUUGGGCCGCCAACUGAAGCAUGUAAUGAAUGUUGCUGCCAAGAUGACCGCGGGGUCCAAGGCGCCUCAGAAAGAAGAAAAGCCCCGUGCCGCACCACAGGCGACCGCUCCGACUAAGAAGAAGACGAUCGAUGACUACCAGAUCCUCGAAGACAUGGGUCAAGGAGCAUAUGGACAAGUCAAACUGGCUAAAUACAAGCCGACCCAGAAGAAGGUGGUGCUCAAAUAUGUCACAAAACGACGGAUCUUAGUGGACACAUGGACGAGAGACCGGAAGUUGGGCACCGUGCCCCUGGAAAUCCAUGUGCUGGACUACCUGAGACGGCCUGAGCUGCUCCACCCCAAUAUCGUGGAGAUGGAGGGCUUUUUCGAAGACGACGUCAACUACUAUAUCGAGAUGGGCCCCCAUGGUAUGCCUGGGAUGGAUCUGUUCGAUUACAUCGAACUGCGGAGCAACAUGGAGGAAGACGAAUGCCGGAGCAUAUUCGUGCAGGUGGCGCGGGCCAUCCACCACCUGCACACCAAGGCAUUGGUGGUGCAUCGAGACAUCAAGGAUGAGAACGUGAUCCUGGACGGCGAAGGUCGGAUCAAGCUUAUCGAUUUUGGAAGCGCGGCGUACAUCAAGAACGGCCCGUUUGAUGUCUUUGUGGGCACGAUUGCUCCUGAGGUGCUGGCUGGCAAGCCGUACGGCGGGAAAGAACAAGACGUAUGGGCACUAGGCAUCUUGCUAUAUACGAUCAUCUACAAGGAGAACCCGUUCUACAGCAUUGACGAGAUCAUGGACAGGGACCUGCGGGUCCCAUUUACGAUCAGCGACGAGAGCAUUGAUUUGAUACGAUGCAUGCUCAACCGAGACGUGUCGCAGCGAUACAACAUAGAGCAAGUACUGGAGCACCCGUGGUGCCAAGCCAUCGACGCCGAGUAA